AUGCUAAAACUGCCCUUACAAACAUGUCGCAUCAGAAAAUCAUUAGAUACACUGCAAAAGGAAGACGUGCAGACUGGUCGAGAGAUAUCAUCACCGGAAGACAAUCCAACAUCUACAACAACCCAGUCUUCGGAGGUUAGCAGUUCGGGAAGCUCCGAGGAUGAGGAUUCGGAUGAUGAACAACCGGUAAUCGAAAUCAACAAUUAUCCACUGGUGAACGAUUUGCUGGAUAGAUUCAUGCGUGCACGUUUACAAGCAGACCCAAGUGCAAAUAAUACUCGAAACACUCUCGCCAAAAUGAAGUGGGAUAUUGAUUUUUUUCUCAUCCUUUUUUGA